AUGGUCUCCGACAUCACCCAAGCGGAUCCGCUGGAUGAAGAACCUACUGCGCCUACACGUGAGCCUCUGAAUGUCGCUGCAGAAGGUGCGGAAGAGCCUCCGCCAAAGAAAGCCAAAUUAGACGAAAGUACUCCUCCCAAGGACGAGAACGUCAGCAGGGCCCCUCAGCGCAUGCGGGGCUUCGCCGCAGUCAAACCAGAGUUCGUUGUCCAACAAUUGCCGAAUACCAAUUCCAAUUCCGCUCAGAACGCGGACAACGCUACAGAGGCUGCAGCUCAUCGUGACAACCGGGAUGGGGAUAAGAGGGAAAAUAAGAAGAAGAAGAAGAAAAAUACCGGACAGAAUACAGGUCGCACAUUUGGAAAGUCUCAAGAUGCAAAAACCUUGUGUCCAAGCAGGACCUUCGCACCAGAAUUCUCUCCAGGAGAGUGCAGGUUUAAUGAUUUUUGUCGCCACGAACAUGACCUGCGCACCUACCUGAAGGAGCACAAGCGGGAGGAUCUGGCGACCUUCAAUGGACUCUGUCCUGUCUGGGAAUCUAGAGGGAAAUGUUAUUCAGGUUGGAAAUGUCGCUUUGUUGGCUCUCACAUGACUGAACGAGAGACCGAUGAUGGGAGGAAAGAACUAGUUUUGAUCGAGGAUGAGGUGCGCAAGAAGAAGACACAGCCGAUUGUUCCUCAUGCAACAGAAGAAGGUAUUACAAAUAUUGCAUCGCUGGCCGAUAAAUUCGCGUUAGCAAGAAAGAGGGCUAUGACACCACUGGCCGAUGCAUAUAACGAUUGGUUAGAAAAAACUUCGAGAGAGCUAGAAAAGAAUAUCCACGGUCGGAACCGACAAGGCCAGGUGGUAGCCGAGGGUAACGGUGAUGUCAAGGAGCAGAGGGAAGAAAACAGGGCCUGUUACACCGAGCCUCCAUUUUUACCAUCAGAGAAACGCCGGCUAUAUUUUGGGCCGGAGACUCCUGCUUUGGCACCCUUGACGACACAAGGCAAUCUCCCUUUUCGGCGGCUGUGCACUGAGUUCGGUGCACAAUUAACCUACUCUGAGAUGGCAGUGAGUAUGCCAUUGAUCCAAGGCGUUAAAUCUGAAUGGGCCUUAAUGAGAGCCCACGAAACAGAAAUGGUUCCCCCAACUGUGUCUUUAAAAGAUAACAUAGUGGAAGGGUAUGAUAACUCUAAAGAUAUCAGAUUUGGCGCUCAGAUUUCGGCGAACAAGACUUGGCAAGCUCUCAAGGCCGCUGAAGUACUAUCCCGUUGUACUCCAAAUCUACGCGUCAUUGAUUUGAAUUGCGGCUGCCCCAUCGACCUUGUAUGCCGCGAUGGAGCUGGGUCUGCUCUUCUGGAACAUCCAUCGAAGUUGGAAAGAAUGGUACGUGGUAUGAAUGCUGUUUCACAAGAGAUCCCCAUUAGUGUCAAGAUCCGUAUGGGAACCAAAGACAGUUCACCGAACGCUACAAAGCUGGUGGAACGUCUAAUCCUCGGUGGAUAUGAAUCAUCCCUCCUCGAUGCUGGUCCCUGUGGCGUAGCAGCCAUCACUCUUCACGGACGGAGCAAGCAACAGAGGUAUACCAGACAAGCAGACUGGGGAUAUAUUUCUGAGUGUGCUGCUCUUAUCAAGCGGUUGAAUGAAACAAAGGAUGAAAUCACAGAUACUGUUCGCGAGCCAGAUGCACGGACACAGCCAAAUGGCGGAAAGGUUUUCUUCCUGGGGAAUGGCGACUGCUUCUCGCAUUCUGACUACGACGAUCACAUUAACAACUCCGGGGUUGAUAGUGUCAUGGUUGGCCGAGGAGCCUUGAUCAAGCCCUGGAUUUUCGAGGAGAUCCAGACUGGCCAAUAUCUCGACAAGUCCGCAUCCGAGCGUCUGUCAUUCGUUGAGAAGUUUGCCAAAUAUGGACUGGAAGCAUGGGGAUCAGAUGAGUAUGGCGUUGGCACGACCAGACGCUUUCUCCUCGAAUGGCUGAGCUUCACAUAUCGGUAUGUACCGAUCGGGCUUCUCGAACAUCUUCCACCAAACAUUCAGGACCGGCCGCCUGUUUGGCGAGGCAGGAACGAUUUAGAGACUCUCAUGGGCAGUCCCAACUACAAGGACUGGAUUAAGAUUACGGAAAUGUUUCUUGGUCCAGCACAUAAAGAUUUCAAAUUCGAGCCGAAGCACAAGUCCAACGCAUAUGAAGAGGCGGAAGGAUGA